GGCUCGUCCGACCACGUCCAACAACACCAAGAGCGCGAGCGCACAGUGGUGAAACACUGUGCGCGACAGUGCGUGCGUGCGUGCGCGUUCCGCCCGUGAUAUCAGCAAAAAUAUGCAAAAAUAUGAGAAGCUCGAGAAAAUAGGAGAAGGCACUUAUGGCACCGUGUUCAAAGCCAAGAAUCGCGAGACACAUGAAAUCGUUGCCUUGAAGCGGGUGCGACUGGACGAUGAUGAUGAAGGUGUACCGUCGUCAGCUCUGCGGGAGAUCUGUCUUCUGAAGGAGCUCAAGCAUAAGAAUAUUGUUCGUCUUUACGACGUGCUGCACAGCGACAAAAAGCUCACUUUGGUAUUCGAGCACUGUGAUCAAGAUCUCAAGAAGUACUUCGACAGUCUAAAUGGAGAGAUUGACUUGGACGUUGUUAAGUCAUUUCUAUACCAGUUAUUAAGAGGACUAGCAUUCUGCCAUAGCCGAAAUGUUUUACACAGAGACCUCAAACCACAGAACUUACUCAUCAACAAGAACGGGGAGCUGAAACUCGCCGAUUUCGGAUUAGCAAGAGCAUUUGGUAUCCCUGUAAAAUGUUAUUCCGCGGAAGUUGUCACACUGUGGUACCGUCCCCCGGAUGUUCUUUUCGGAGCAAAAUUAUACACAACGUCCAUUGACAUGUGGAGCGCCGGAUGCAUAUUUGCAGAAUUGGCAAAUGCUGGCAGACCGCUGUUUCCCGGAUCGGAUGUAGACGAUCAAUUGAAAAGAAUAUUCAAAAUGUUGGGCACACCGACUGAGGAGACUUGGCCAGACUUGACAACACUUCCCGAUUACAAACACUUCCCACAGUAUCAUCCCACGCAAGGAUUAGCACAAGUCACACCCAAACUUAAUGCAAAGGGAAAAGACUUACUCCAGAAAUUGUUAGUGUGUAACCCGGCUCAACGAAUAUCAGCUGAGGACGCGAUGGCGCAUUCAUACUUCAACGACUUGAACCCUGCCAUAAAAAACGAUCGAUGUCAAUAGCGAAUCAUUCCUUUUAGCGUAGAUCGACCGCGAAAAUGUAUUAUAACGGGUACUGACGCGCAGUGACCAAAGAGAAGGAAACAAAAAAA